GGCCACUCCACUUCCGCCCUGAGGAGCCUCCGUAGGUCUGCGCGCUGGUUCACUCUGUUGCCCCCUGCAACCACCACCAAGAAGCCCCCGUAGGACCCCCUGGUCCCCAGGUCGGCCAGUCCCCAGGUCGGCCGGCAUGAGCUCUGGGGCCACCCAGCGGCUGCAGACUCUCCAGCGACACGUGGGCUCCCGGGAGGUAGGGGGACAAAUCUCUCCUCCACCUGGGGCUAAGGGCAGAGGCAUGGAGCCAGGCAGCAGCCCGCUGACCACACACGUGCUAGACACUGCCUCAGGGCUCCCGGCCCAAGGCCUCUACCUCCGUCUGUCCAGGCUCGAGGACCGUGGCCAGCAGUGGACCGAGCUAAAAAACAGUUGCACAGAUCAUGACGGCCGCUGCCCUGGGCUCCUCCCUCCAGGCCAGAUGAAGGCGGGCACCUACAAGCUGUCCUUUGACACCAAGGGCUACUGGCAGAAGAGGGGCCAAGAGAGCUUCUACCCAUACGUGGAGGUCGUUUUCACCAUCACAAACGAGACCCACAAGUUCCACGUGCCACUGCUGCUGAGCCCGUGGUCUUACACCACAUACCGAGGGAGCUAGCAGCUGACCGGCAGCCAGCCUGUGGGCGUGGACACGGCGCCACGGCAGACCGGGCCACCCCCGAGCAGCGGGGCGGGCAAGCUCCUGAUGGGCACCAGGGUCACACUCUCCCUGGGACGUUCUGGCCCCAUGUUGCAGGGCCAGGUGUCACACAGGCUUCAAUAAAGUUGCUGCUGACAUCU